AUGGCCCCUCAACGUCGUCGCACGGGCAAAGGCACCAAGGAUGCCCAUGCCAACCUUUCCGCGGAAGAACGUACCCAACAAGGUACGGAAGCCAAGAACCGUGGUAACGAAGCGUACGCCGCCGGCGACCACGCCACGGCCAUCAAGGAGUUCACGAACGCCAUCGGUUUCGAGCCCACCAACCACAUCUACUACUCGAACAGAUCUGCGGCGUACUUGAGCGCGGGCAACGCUGCGUUGGCUUUGCAAGAUGCCAACAAGUGUAUCGAGAUCGACGCCAAGUGGGGCAAGGGCUACGCCCGCCUCGGUGCCGCGUACUACUUCAUCAAGUCGUACCAAAAGGCCGUGACUGCGUACACCAAGGGUUUGACCUUGGACAAGGGCAACAAGCAAUUGCAAGCCGGUUUGACGCAAGCGCAAGCCGCCCUCCAAGUGCUUGAAGAAGAAGCCGGUGGCGUGGAGAUGGACGACGCCACGCGCAAGUUGAAGCGCCUCGAGAUCGAAGAAAAGAUCAACAAGGCCCGCGCCGACCGCGAAGAACGUGCCAAGCGCGCCGAGCGUGGUUUCUCGGAAGUGAUCGGGAUCGAUCUCGGUACCACCUACUCGUGCGUGGGUGUGUGGAAGGAUGGCCAAGUGGAAAUCAUCGCCAACAGCGAAGGCAACCGCACGACCCCUUCGUGGGUGGCGUUCAACGAAACCGAGCGCUUGAUCGGUGAAGCCGCCAAGAUCCAAGCCGCGUCCAACGCCACCAACACGGUGUUCGACGCCAAGCGUAUCAUUGGCCGCAACUUCAGCGACCCGAUCGUGAAGAAGGACGCCGCGCACUUCCCGUUCAAGAUUACCGCCGGGGACGACGACAAGCCGUUGAUCGAAGUGACGUUCAAGGGCGAAGCCAAGAGCUUCACCCCCGAAGAAAUCUCGUCGAUGGUGCUGACCCGCAUGAAGGAAACCGCGGAAAACUACCUCGGCCAAGAGAUCAAGCAAGCCGUGGUGACCGUGCCUGCGUAUUUCAACGACCAGCAGCGUCAAUCCACCAAGGACGCCGGCGCCAUCGCUGGCCUCGACGUGAAGCGCAUCAUCAACGAGCCCACCGCCGCCGCCCUCGCGUACGGGUUGGACACGAACGCCGGCGCGGAAGGCAAGUCGAACAUUUUGAUCUUCGACUUGGGCGGAGGCACGUUUGAUGUGUCCAUCUUGUCGAUUGAGAACGGCAUCUUCGAAGUCAAGUCCACGGGCGGUGACACGCACUUGGGUGGCGAAGACUUUGACUCGAACAUGGUCGACUACUUGAUCACCGAGUUCAAGCGCAAGAACAAGAACUUGGACCCGACGACGUCGGCCCGGUCCAUGCGCCGCCUGCGCACGGCGUGCGAGUCUGCCAAGCGCAUGCUUUCCACGACCACCAGCGCCACGAUCGAAGUGGACUCGCUCUUCGAAGGCGUCGACUUUAGCUCGACCAUGACGCGCGCCAAGUUUGAGUCGCUCAACGACGAGUGCUUCAAGCGCACGGAAGAAACCGUGUUGAAGGUGUUGCAAGACGCCAACAUGAAGCCCGACCAAAUCUCGGAACUGGUGCUCGUGGGCGGGUCCACGCGUAUCCCCAAGGUGCAAAACAUGCUGUCGGGUCUGUUUGGCGGCAAGGAGCUGAGCAAGUCCAUCAACCCCGAUGAAGCCGUGGCGUACGGUGCGGCCGUGCAAGGCGCGAUCCUGAGCGGCAUCCGCAACGACGCGACCAACUCGUUGUUGUUGGUGGACGUGACGCCCUUGUCUCUGGGCAUUGAAACCGUGGGCAAGGUCAUGUCGGUGCUGAUCAAGCGCAACACGGCGAUCCCGGUCAAGAAGACGCGCGUGUACACGACCGAAGCCGACUACCAAACCCAAGUGAACGUGGUCAUCUACGAAGGCGAGCGCGCGUGCGUGGACCACAACAACAAGCUGGGCGAGUUCACGAUCUCGGGCAUUGAACGCGCCAAGCGCGGCGAGCCCCAAGUGGAAGUGACGUUCGAGAUCGACGCCAACGGCAUCUUGAACGUGAGCGCCAAGGACAAGAAGACCCACGCCAAGGCCGAGACCACGAUCAGCAGCAACGGCGGCCGCUUGAGCCAGGAAGACAUUGACCGCAUGGUGGCGGACGCGGAAAAGUACAAGAAGGACGACGCCGAAGUGCUGCGCAAGAUUGAAGCGCGCAACAACUUGGAAGGGUUCAUCUACCGCGCCUUGGAAAUCGCCCGCGAAAAGGGCGACAGCCAGGCCGAAAACACCAUCCGCGAAGCCCGCGAAUGGUUGGAAGACCACGAAGAAGCCACGCUUCGCGAGUUGGAGGACAAGAAGCGAUUGUUGGAACGAUUGAUCAAGUACUAAUAAGUCCAACCAACGAACCAAGUGGAGAUGAUCUAAUAACGUCUGAUAUUCUAUUCCCAUUCUUGUACACACA